AUGAGGAUACCGUACACCGCGCCUCUGCCAAGUCCCACGAUCAUCCCAGCGGCAGCGACCACAGUGCACGGUGCAGUCGAGGCUCUGCAGAACUUCCUGCUCGCCUCACGAUCCUCUGACGAUGGCGGCAAGACGCUCGUUCUCUCCGGCGCUGGAAUCUCGGUAGCAUCAGGCCUCGCGGACUACAGAGGUAGCCAUGGAACGUACACGCUGAAUAAGACAUAUCGACCCAUCUACUUCCACGAGUUCUCGGCAAGCCACGAGGCUAGAAAGAGAUAUUGGGCUCGCAGCUUCCUUGGAUGGACCACUCUACACAGAAGCCGUCCCAAUACUGCGCACUAUGCCGUCGGGCAGCUGGGCGAGAUGGGGCUGGUAGGAGGUGUCGUCACGCAAAAUGUGGACUCGUUUCACCCCAAGGCGCAUCCAGACUUGAAGACUUUGGAGCUGCACGGAUAUCUCAGGAGCACUGUCUGCCUCACUUGCCGGACGGAGUAUGAUCGGGACCAGUUUCAAGAGGAUCUAUCGCGGAUGAAUCCAGCCUGGGCGGCGUUUCUGGCAGAGAUGCUGGAGUCUGGUGCUCUUACGACGGAGGAUCCGACCGAGCGACACCGAUUGGGCUUGAAGACGAAUCCGGAUGGUGAUGUUGAUGUGCCAGGCGUGGAGUACAGCACUUUCAGAUAUCCGCCUUGUCCGAAAUGUCUUCACGAUUCGAAACUUGCGGCAGAAGGCAAGAGGGUCGAAACGGAUGCGGAUGGGGCUUGGUCGUCGAAGUCGAAUGCUGGGAUUUUGAAGCCUGCUGUCAUCAUGUUUGGAGAGUCCAUCUCCAAUCCGGUGAAGCUAGCUGUCGAGACGGCUGUGGACAGCGCGAGCAAGCUGCUUGUGUUGGGAUCCUCACUGGCUACAUACUCAGCAUGGCGGCUGGUCAAGAGAGCAAAGGAGCAAGGCAAACCAAUUGCGGCGGUAAACAUGGGAGGCGUGAGAGGGGAAGAGGGCUUCUUCGCUGAGGUCCCAAUCAACACGAAUGGGACGGAUGGUGUGAGGUGCAGUCUGCCUUUGGAACAGUUCCUUCCAGCAUUGGUAGAGGGAUUGAAAAAGCACAACGAACCCAAAAGCAAAGCAUUCCAGCCUGCGCCUUGGGCGUAA